AUGCCUUCAUCAGUCGCCAGUGACGAGUCGGUUCACGAAGAAGAUCACAUUCUCGACAUCGAGGCUAUCCAGGCCCAUGGCAUCGGUGCAGCCGACAUUGGGAAGCUCAAAGCCAAUGGGUACCACACCGUUGCAGCAGUGCACUCAACAACUCGCCGCAACCUACUCAAGAUCAAAGGCUUCAGUGAGAUCAAGGUCGACAAGGUCAAAGAUGCACUGACGAAGUGUCAGGUGCGCCACUUCUUCACCUUGCCCAUCCGUGAGCGUUACUCACCAGAACCGCAGCCCUCAGGAGGUGGCUUCCAGACCGCUCAUGAGCUCGGGCAGCAGCGUAAGCGUGUCAUCAAGAUUUCGACAGGCAGCAAGCAGUUAGACACUGUCCUUGGCGGUGGCUUCCAGACCAUGAGCAUCAGUGAGGUCUUUGGCGAAUUUCGUUGCGGAAAGACCCAGUUAUCUCACACCAUGUCGGUCAUCGCACAGCUUCCCAAGGACAUGGGCGGCGCGGAAGGCAAGGUGGCUUACAUUGACACAGAAGGCACUUUCAGGCCUGAGAGGAUUGCGCAGAUAGCGGAGCGCUUUGGUGUCGAUCCUGAGACUGCCCAAGACAACAUUACCUACGCUCGUGCUGUCAAUUCAGAACAUCAGAUGGAGCUGCUGAACAAACUCUCCGAGUUCUUCGUCGGCAAUGAGUACCGUCUCCUCAUCAUCGACAGCAUUAUGGCUCUCUUUCGUGUCGAUUACACCGGUCGUGGUGAAUUGAACGAGCGCCAGCAAAAGCUGAACCAGUUCCUUUCCAAGCUGACACAUGUCGCUGAAGAGUUCAACGUUGCGGUCCUUAUGACCAACCAAGUCCAGAGUGAUCCAGGAGCCAAUGCCCUAUUCGCCGGAGCAGACGGCCGCAAGCCAGUAGGCGGACAUAUUCUUGCUCACGCUUCAACCACUCGUAUACUGCUUCGUAAGGGUCGUGGCGAGGAGCGUGUUGCAAAGAUACAAGAUUCUCCAGACAUGCCGGAGAAGGAAGCGACUUACAUCAUCACGAACGGCGGCAUCAACGACCCCGAGAAGGUGUAG